AAAAUUUAUAUAAUAUUAAGCUCAAUAUUUACCUGUAAAGGAGCAUUUUGAAUAAACGCCGUAGUGUCUACUACGAGAUAGUUAACAGAUUUUGCUGAAGUCUGGCUCAUUUUAUUGAAACAAGUUAGAAGAUACACGUUUUUUAUGGCCUGAUCCCAAAGGAUUAUUCAUAACCACGUUUUUUGGGAAUUUAUUACAUGAAAAAAAGGUGUAUUCUCGUGUGUCUGCCUGACCAUGUCAAGAAGAAGACGACUUUGUUUUGAUGAUUCUUCUUCUUCCAAUAUUAAAAUCAAAAUGUCAAAAAUGAAAAAUAAAUAAAGACUUUUGUGGUAGCAAGUGAUUCUAGUUUAUUAACUUUACAUUUAACCAUGUCAAAAAUGAGUGAAUACGACUUGUAUGGGACUAAUUUUUCGACAGAGUCUAUGAAAGUUAUAGCAGAAAGUAUAGGUAUUGGUUAUUUAGCAGAUGAUGCUGCAAAAGAAUUAGCAGAGGACAUAUCUUUUCGAAUUAAACAUAUUAUUCAAGAUGCUGCUAAAUUUAUGAACCAUGCAAAACGUUCAAAACUUUUGCAAAGUGAUGUAGAUGCAGCACUUAAAGUUAAAAAUAUAGAGCCCCAGUAUGGAUUUCAAUCUGCAGAGCCUUUACCUUUUCGAUUUGCUUCUGGAGGAGGAAGAGAACUUCAUUUUAUAGAGGAGAAAGAAGUAGAUCUUAAUGAUUUACUUCAUAAUAUUAGUCCAAAAGCACCUUUAGAAUCUACAUUACGAUCACAUUGGCUGUUUAUUGAUGGUGUUCAGCCUACAAUUCCUGAAAAUCCACCACCUGUUGCAAAAGUUAUACAGAAAUUGGAGUCUGUAGAUCCAGUUAAUAAAAAGCCUUUAAAUGAAACCUCUGGAAAACCUACAACAGGAAAACAAAAGCUAAAAAAUGUUGAAACUGUUCAAAUAAAACAGCUAGCAACACAUGAGUUGUCUGUGGAACAACAAUUAUACUACAAGGAAAUAACAGAAGCUUGUGUUGGAUCUGAUGAAGCAAGAAGAGCAGAGGCCCUUCAAAGUUUAGCUUCUGAUCCUGGUUUACACGAAAUGUUACCAAGAAUGUGUACUUUUAUUAUAGAAGGAGUGAGGGUUAAUGUAGUACAGAAUAACCUAGCAUUAUUGAUAUACCUAAUGAGAAUGGUUAAAGCCUUAUUAGACAACCAAUCAUUAUAUCUAGAAAAAUAUCUUCAUGAAUUAAUUCCAUCAGUAACAACUUGCGUUGUAUCAAAGCAGUUAUGCAUGAGGCCUGAAUUAGAUAAUCACUGGGCCUUAAGAGAUUUUGCCUCUAGGCUUAUGGCACAAAUUUGUAAAAAUUUUAACACCAGCACAAACAAUAUACAGACACGAGUAACAAGAAUGUUUACAAAUGCAUUACACCAAGAUAAAGUAGCAUUGCCUUCAUUAUAUGGAGCCCUACAGGGAUUAUCAGAGUUAGGAGCUGAAGUUACUAGAAUAUUUAUUCUACCAAAAAUAAAAAGUAUAGGUAAUAAAAUAGAAAUGUAUCUGGAUGGAAGUAUGGUGUCAAAUAUGGAAAAGAUAGCUUCUGCGAACAUUAAGGCAUUACUUAUAAAAGUAUUAGCACCUGUAUUAAAAAGCAUCCGGAAUCCACCAGAUAAUCUUGAAGAAUACAAACAGGAGUAUGGAUAUAUGGGACCAUCUUUGCAUUCAGCUGUAAUCAAAGCAAGGACUCAACCUACACCCACGUCAACUAGUUUCACAAAUGUAAAUAAUCCUAUUACCUGCACUUCCACUAUUGCCAGAGCCGUUAGCACACCUAGUGGCAUUAUUCAACAGCAAACUCCUGUGGGAGGAAGGACGAUUGUAAUGAAUCCUACACCAAGAGCGCAAAUUGCUCAGUCAAAUCAAAAGUUCGUUUUUGUAACUCAAAGACCGCAAACGCCCAUGAGUAGUUCACAUCAAAUUCAACAAAAUAACCAGUCGUCUCAAAAUACUGUUGUAAAAUUUGUAUCCAAUAAUCAAAACCAACAGAAAUUAGCGACGCAACAAAAACUAGUAGUUGUAUCUAACCCAAAUAAUCCGGCAAACUACCAGGGGCAGGUUUCAGGCAGUCAAGGAAAUACAGUACUGAUAUCAAAGCAGAAUUUUGUACAACAACAACAGCAACAACAACAAUUGCAGCAACAACAACAACUGCAGCAGCAACAACAACAACAACUGCAACAACAACAGCAACUGCAACAACAACAGCAACUGCAGCAACAACAACAGCAACUGCAACAGCAACAAUCUCCUCUUAUUGAUGAUCUAUCCCAUUUGUGUUAGAGUUUAGACAUCACGUGGAAAACGGGUAUUAUUGAAGAAUUGUGUAUAUGAAGAAUGAGAGGAGAGAAUAUCGGUUUUAAAGAUCCGUAAACUAAGGUAUGCACAUAUUUGGAAAAUGUAAACUUCAAGUCCCCCUACGAAAUUAAGGAAUUCA